CUUCAGUUGGGAGAAAUACCUGAAAGAGACAGGCACUAUUGCUGCCCCUGCCUCAUGUUUCAGACAGAGCCUAACACCUCCCGUAAACGAGUUCAAGGCAGGCAUGAAACUGGAGGCUCAGGACCCGCGAAACACCACGUCUACCUGCAUCGCCACAGUGGUGGGCUUGACGGGUUCGCGGCUGCGGCUGCGCUUGGAUGGGUCUGACAACAAAAACGACUUCUGGCGCCUGGUGGAUUCCUCAGAGAUCCAGCCUAUCGGCAGCUGUGAAAAAAACGGAGGCAUGCUGCAGCCCCCACUUGGUUUUCGACUCAAUGCGUCCUCCUGGCCCAUGUUCCUUCUGAAAACACUAAAUGGAGCAGAGAUGGCUCCCUCUCGCAUCUUUCACAAGGAGCCUCCCGCCCCAGAGCAGAACUCCUUCCAGGUGGGCAUGAAGCUGGAGGCUGUAGACCGGAAAAAUCCCCACUUUAUCUGCCCAGCGACAGUAGGUGCAUUGCGUGGUGUUGAGGUGCUGGUCACCUUUGAUGGCUGGCGAGGAGCCUUUGAUUACUACUGCCGCUAUGACUCAAGGGACAUCUUCCCUGUUGGCUGGUGCACCCUCACUGGAGACAAUCUUCAGCCACCUGGCACGAAAGUGGUGCUGCCCAAAAUCCUUGGAGCAUUGACAGACGGAAGUGUGGAGAGCCCAGUCAUGCAUCCCAGCCCCACGGUGGGCAGGCCUCCAGGCCAGAGAGGACGCAAGCCAGGCCGCAGGAAAACCAAAGUGACGGGGCACUGGAAUCAGAAGGGCUCUACACUGGGACCACAGAGCAUCCAGCCAGAAAAAGUCCAGGAACCCGUCAAAAUUCCCAAGAAGAGAGGACCAAAACCAGGCAGUAAGAGAAAACCACGAGUGGUACCUAAUCCAGUCCCCACGUCUCCCACCAGCAGUACCCCAGAGCCUGACACCAGCACGGUGCCCCUGGACAAUGCUACCAUCCCCAAUUCUGCACUACAGGCUCCCACAGUUUGUGUGUACCUAAACAAGUACGGCAAGAUGGGACCCCAUUUAGACCAACGGCGUAUCCAACAGCUGCCAGACCACUUUGGGCCAGGCCGAGCCUCGUCAGUGCUUCAGCAGUGUGUCCAAGCUUGUGUGGACUCUGCUCACAACCAGGGCACAGUCUUCUCCUGCCUGAAAUCUGGACAAGGAGGAGAAGUCAUUUCAGCCUUUUUUGACCAGCAGCAGCACACCUUGACCCUGCCAACUGUCAGCAGUGUCACCUAUGUCCUCCGCUUCCUGGAAAAACUUUGCCACAACCUGCACUGCGAUCCUUUGUUUGGCAGCCAGCCUGUAGCCAGAGGGGGUCUUCACUACGACAGUCACACGUACACUACAGAGAGGAGAGGUUUUGGAGACAAUCUGAAAGCGGUCCCAGUACGAAGCACAAAACGGUUCCUUCAGGACUUCAGCAAUCCUCUGUCUCCGAAACUGCCAAAAAUCCCACGGCACUCCACUGAUGGUGAGUCCUUCAUAGAGAACAGUGUUGCUACAUCAGAGCACUUAAAGAAGAGCCCCCUUUCCCAAAACUCUACAGGACUGACUUCUGGCCUGAGGUCCUCCUCCAAACUGCUGCAUCAUAACAACUCUACAGGUUCAGGUAGUUUCCGUGAGAGCCCCAGGCCCAGCGGUCAGGAUCCCAACCUGUGGACAGUAGAUGAAGUCAUGCAGUAUAUCAGGGAUAUCGACCCAGUUCUGGCCCCACAUGCUGACCUUUUUAGAAAACAUGAAAUUGAUGGGAAAGCCCUUCUGUUGCUGCGUAGCGACAUGAUGAUGAAAUACAUGGGUUUGAAGCUCGGCCCUGCCCUCAAACUCACCUUCCACAUUGACAAGCUUAAACGGGCUUGACGACAUCAGUCAACCAGACGCAGCCUUCUGAAGGACUUAACUGUAUCGCCACCUCCAUGUUCUAGGUUCAGUAUAUCAUGCACUUCAUAAUGGACAUAUGCUGACAAUUUACAUGUAGCAACUUCCACUACUCCAUCCAGUAUACACGCCCUUGUUCUGACCUCAUUCAGUCAGGGAUGUUUAUUUUGUGUAGCACAAUCCAGCCCUAAGGCAGCAUGGGAUAGGGGUAGGAUCAGCCACUCGUCUGUCAUCAGUUUUGCAUUUCAGUCUAACUUGAAGAAUCAUAUGUGGCCAUUUUAACUGUAAAAGGCCUUUUGGCCUGCUUUUAUUAUGUUACAUUUUAUCUGUACAUUUCAUAUUUUGUACUUCAUGAAUACAAGUAUACGGACUUUUUCAGUGUUUUGUGUUGGAAUAUGCUAAAAAAAGAAAACCCUAAAGGAAGAAAAGAAAUGCUACAUCCCAAUAGUUGGGAUUUCUUCCGAUCAGUCUCUGUUUGAGGCAUAAUUUUGCAACUACAACAGUAAUAAUUAUGAUUAGAAAAACGUGUUUUAUAAAACUUUAUUCUGAGAAAAACUGCCAUCAAGAUGGGGUUGUUCUCUUAUUCUGGAUGUUGUUUACAAUGCCUUGUCUUGUCUUUGUUAUUUGUACUUUUUUAAUUUUUUAUACUAUAUUAUUAGAGUUCCUACAUGGAGAGCCCUAUCAUGCUUAACAUUGUUCAAUAAAUAUAUAAUAAUUCAA